CAGUUCAGGCUCUUAUUGUGAAGGAAUUAGUGAUAACUUCUUGUUUUGAUAAGCACUCGAGUUUGUCGUGGCUCUCUGCACACUUUUUGCCCGUUUGCCAGUAGUGGGUGAUUUCGUGAGUGUAUGCCUCCACAUUUGGAAAGUUAAGCGUCAGGGCAAAGUCUAAACGUGUAACUUAAAGGAAAGUUGCUGAAGACAUGGCUUCCCAAGUCAGGCUGAGGCUGCUCCCGAGUGCCAGGUGUCUGUUUGAUGAGCCCAUUCAGGUGAAGGUGGCCGGGCUGAGGUCGAGGCAGGUGGUCUCCCUGAGAGCCAGCUCAACCGACGACAAGGGAACUGUGUUCAGCUCUGCGGCCACCUACAGAGCCGAUGGCAACGGGGAGAUUGACAUGAAGAGAGACCCCUCACUCAGUGGGAGCUACGUUGGGGUUGAACCGAUGGGUCUGCUUUGGUCAAUGACACCGGACUCUUUGCAUAAAAGACUUCAGAAGAUAAAUGCCCUUAAUCCUUACAUGGUAAAGUUCUCAGUGCAUGAGGAGGCAGGUGAGGGCCGGAUUCUGGCAGAGGUGACUAAUGAGAGGAUUCUAAUGGGAGAUGGGGUCAUUCGGGUCCCCGUCAAAGAGGGGAACAUUCGAGGAGUCCUGUUUACUCCUCCAGGCAGGGGUCCCUUCCCAGCUGUGUUAGAUUUGUACACUUUUGGUGGAGGUCUGUCAGAGAAAAGAGCCUCUCUGUUGGCCAGCAGAGGCUUUUUGGUUCUGACUGUUGCCCUGUAUGGCCACGAUGACCUGCCUAAAAACGUUAAGGAGAUCCACCUGGAUUAUUUGGAAGAAGCAGUCGAGUUUCUAAAAAAACAAACUAAGGGUUCCAGUAAAAAAGUUGGUGUAAUAUCCCUUUCCAAAAGUGGAGAUCUUGCCUUAUCAGUUGCUUCCUACCUACCAGAUGUUGAGGCCACAGUGUGGAUCAAUGGCUGCUCUGCCAAUGUAGCUUUGCCUCUCUACUAUAAGAAAAGACGAAUACAUUCUGCAUUAAUGUUUGAUUUAAAGAAAGUGAUUCCCAGUGAGUCAGGGGCCUUCAACACCAAAUACGCUUUAAACAAUCCUCUGGCAGAGGAGAACAAGGGCAGCCUGAUUCCCAUUGAACGAGCCAAAGGACAUUUCCUCUUUGUCGCCUCUGAGGAUGACCUUAACUGGGACAGCAAGGCUUACGUGGAUGAGAUGGUGGAGAGACUGAAGCGUCACGGAAAGGAGAAGUUUGAGAGUGUGUUGUACCCUGGAGCUGGACACUACUUAGAGCCACCUUAUGGACCCUACUGCCCUUCCAGCUUCCAUGGGGUUUUAGGCAAGCCCGUCUUGUGGGGAGGAGAGCCCAAGUCCCACGCAGCAGCUGAGGUCCACAUGUGGAAGAAGAUCCAAGAUUUCCUCAGAAAUCAUCUGAGCUCUGAUGCUGCACAGACUAGGGCCAAGUUAUAGUUUCAAACAAGAUAAUGAAUAACAAAAAGCAAAGUCACGACUGCUAUAAAACUGUGUGAUAAUCAUGUCUGAGCUGUUAAAUGUGUUGAUUAAUGAUUCACUAUUUUACACAUUUAAAGAUUGUAAUUUAUCACAACAGGUAGAACAGGAUCCUCUUUACCCUCAAGGUAUAGCUAUAAUUUUGUGUUAAUACUCCAUAGUGUCAUGUAAGUGCUUGUAAGUUUUCUGCUUUCAUCAUUAAAGUUGGUAAAAUUUGAAGAAGGUUUAAUUGUAUAAAACGUAAAAUUAAAAAGCGUAUCCUGAAUUCUUGACACUUGCAGAUCCAGUCCUUCUGUCACACUGAGGUACUUUGAUGUCACGAGAUGAUCCAGUUGUCACAGGGAGAUGUUGCUGCAGACUUUGUCUCAUGUCUAUUAAAAUAUCUAUUAAAAUUAAAGUAGAUUUUGCUGCUGCA